CGGCUUUCGGCUGUUCCCUCUCUUUACUGAAUGUGCUGCCGUUCCAAAAACCGUUGCUCGUGUUCCAGUCAUUAAUUACUGCUUUUAAAUUUGUGUAAUCUAGUAGCAUUUCAUGAUAAAGGAGAAACAUUAAGGGAAAUUAUGAAGCUCACAGCUGAAUUUUUGGGGGGAAUUUUCUCAUUAAUUGCCAUCAGCGCUGCCGUGGAGCUUACCGGACCAAAUGUGUGCACAAAGGAAGAAAAGUACAACAAAUCCAUUCUGAUUUCAUAUUCCCGACCUUAUCAGAUACGGACUACAACUUGGUGCUUCAGCAUUCCUCCCAGAUGCUCCGUAUAUAAAACAAUUUAUGGAGUGGCUCACAGGAAGGAGGUAAAAGAAGUCACUGAAAUUGUCAAAGCAUGUUGUUAUGGAUAUAAAAAGCAAGAAAAUUCAUGUGUCCAAAAUUUUCAGUGCCAGAAUAAUGGAACUUUCAUCGCCAAAAAUAACUCAUGUAGCUGCUCUCCAGGUUACACUGGAAAAUACUGUGAAAAGAAAUGCCCCUUAGGUUAUUUUGGACAAAACUGCGUUAGAAGAUGCCAGUGUGUAAAAGGAAAGUGCGAUCCUCGUACAGGGAACUGCAAUUGUUCCAUUGGGUAUACAGGGAAAAGGUGCGACGAGAAGUGUCCAAACAACACAUUUGGGAUGGAUUGUCAGCAUGUUUGCAACUGUAGCAGUCGUACUUCGUGCGAUCAUGUGAAUGGUUCCUGUUUAUGUCCCGCAGGGUAUACCGGAAAAAGAUGUGACGAAACCUGCCCUAUUGGAACAUAUGGCUUACAAUGUAGAAACACAUGCAAUUGCAGAAAUGGAGCCACCUGUUUACAUACGUCUGGGAUAUGUAUUUGCCCUUCAGGUUAUUCUGGCAAAUAUUGUGAAGAAUUAUGUCCUCAUGGCCGAUAUGGUGUAAACUGCACCGGGAUAUGCGAAUGUGUUAAUGGAUCUCUUUGCAGUUCUACAGAUGGAAAAUGUCAGUGUCCUCCUGGAUUUAUCGGUCGUCACUGUGAAUCUAUAUGCCCUCUUCAUACCUAUGGCGAUAGUUGCCACUUUUCGUGCAACUGCAGGCAUAAUUCCGAAUGUGACAAUACAGAUGGUACUUGCAUUUGCGCAGCAGGUUAUUUCGGAAAACGAUGCGAAUCAAUCUGUCCAAAAGGAAAAUACGGAAAAAAUUGCAUUGGCAAAUGUCAAUGUCAAAAUAACGCAGACUGCUUGCAUACAACAGGAACAUGCAUUUGUGCAUCUGGUUAUACUGGCAAAUAUUGCGAGAGUUUAUGUCCUUCUGGCACUUAUGGUUACAAUUGUUCCAACAAAUGUACUUGUCAUCAUUCAUCUGGAUGCAAUCCUCAUACAGGAGAAUGUGAAUGCCUUCCGGGGUACACUGGUAAUAAUUGUGAGGUACCGUGUCCUGAUUUACAAUAUGGCUUGAAUUGCCAGUUUACGUGCAACUGCAGCAAUGAUGCUGGAUGCGAUCCUAUCAAUGGCACUUGUAUUUGCGGUCCUGGAUAUUUCGGCCAACAAUGUGAAGAAAUAUGCAACCCUGGGACAUAUGGUCCAAUGUGUUCAAGGAAGUGUGAAUGCAUGAAUAAUGCAGACUGUCUGCACACAACCGGAGCAUGCAUUUGUCUACCAGGGUAUUCUGGGAAAUUCUGCGAAAGCAAUUGUCCAGCGGGUUCAUUUGGUCCGAAAUGCGCUAAGACUUGUGACUGCAGGAAUUCUGCAAAAUGCGAUGCAAUAACCGGUAAAUGUGAAUGCCUUCCUGGAUACACUGGACAACAUUGUGACCAACGCUGCCAUGAUUCAACUUUUGGCUCAAACUGCAGAGAAAAAUGUAACUGUAGCAACAAUGCUACUUGCGAUCCUGUCAAUGGAAUCUGUAUUUGUCAUCCAGGUUAUUUUGGAAAAGAAUGUCACCUGCCUUGUCCUACUGGAUGGUACGGUAAGCUUUGUGCUUAUAAAUGCCAAUGCCAUAAUGGUGCUACUUGUCUACCUACGACAGGACCUUGUGUUUGUCCACCUGGCUAUUUUGGGGAACAUUGUGAAGAAUUCUGUCCUCAAGGAUAUUUUGGACCUAAUUGCUCAAACAAGUGUGAUUGUUUGCAUGCUUCCAACUGCAAUGCAUUUACCGGUAAAUGUGAAUGUCUACCCGGAUACACAGGCCUACAGUGUAAAGAAAUGUGCAAGGUGGGAUUCUACGGUCAUAACUGCAGUUAUGUCUGCAACUGCAAUCAACAUACUACUGCACGCUGUAAUCAUAUAAAUGGGCAUUGUAUUUGCGCUCCGGGAUGGCGAGGACAGAGAUGCGAGAUGCAAUGUGAUCCUCACACUUGGGGCAAAAACUGCAUAAUGGAAUGCCACUGUAAGAAUAAUGGUACAUGUCACCAUUUAACCGGAGAAUGCAUUUGUGGAAGAGGGUGGACAGGUGCGGACUGCUCUCAAAGCAACAUUAGUGGCAAGGCAUUUCAAAGCAAAAACCUUUUAGCUUCUUGCUGCAACUUUAUUGAAUAUAUAGUUUUAAAUACUGCUGUAGUCAAUACAACCACUAAUCAAGAAUGUCCACCUGGAACAUAUGGUUUACAAUGUGAACAACAGUGUCCGUAUUGCUUAUAUGGUGAUGGACCCUGUGAUCCUUUUACAGGACAAUGCAGCUGUCUUCCUGGUUACAUGGGAAGUCGAUGUGAAAAAAGAUGCCCGAAAGGACGCUGGGGAGUUGAUUGUAAAGAAAACUGCAUAUGUGAUCAUGGAGCCACUUGUAACCAGACAAAUGGUCACUGUCACUGCUUACCAGGGUGGAUGGGGGAUGACUGCUCAAUUCCAUGCAUGAACGGAACAUACGGGUUUUACUGUCAACAGACAUGCAAUUGCUACAACGGAGCAACCUGCCAACCAAACAAUGGACUUUGUUUCUGUCAGCCAGGAUGGAUCGGAACGACAUGUGCAGAAGCUUGUCCAGUAGGAUUUUAUGGUCAGGACUGCAUGAGAGUCUGUGACUGUGCCUCCGGUACUUCUUGCGAUCCCGUAACUGGAUGUAAUGUUGAUAUAAGUUCUACUGAGCUCAGCACACAGGAAGCUUUUAUAAGUCCUUCGUUUAUAACAGCCGUCUGCUGUGGAAUACUUUUGGUUUCCGGGCUAAUUGCUUGUACUGCCGCACAUUACAAAAAGAAAAUGGAACAGCUUAGUGUUGAUUUGCCGACCUUGUACCGGGGUGAACGUAGAGAUAUCUUAGAUGUCCAGAAUUUCAACAAUCCAAUAUAUUCCAAUGUUCCUUGGAUGGAUGAUUCGACUCAAAAUAAUGUAUCUCAGGCUAACAAUGAGAUCUCAAACAACACUAACAAUACUGAAUACGAGAAGUCUAAUCUAAGAGAUGUAUAUCCUGUCAUUAAGGAUACUGAUACUGACUGUAUGAGUGAAAAAGGUACCAGUUGCGCAUCUGGCUACAGCAGUUUUAAUUCCUCUCAAGACUAUUGUUACAACAGCAACAUAUAUAACGAAACAGGAAACAAGUCUUUCUGCCUUGUGAAACAGUCUGUAUGUAUAAAAAAGAGACAGAUGAGAACGCCGAUAUGUAAUAUAAGCUUGCAAAACUAAUAAAUUUUUGAAUAAUUUUUAA